AUGCUCUCCAAAAUCUACACCAUCGCCGCUCUGCUCGGCGUGAGCAUGGCAGCAGCCGCCCCAUCAACUCGCUCGCUCAACUUGACGAUCCUCCAAGCACGUCAAGCAGCCGAGGCCCCAAGACCGGCGGCUGCCGGCAUGGUUCUUGAUAGCACCGAAGCGCUUGCCGAUGGUUAUUUCAUCGAAACAUACACCGACAUCGACGACCCCACCGUCCCUGCUGUUCAACACCAAACCUUUGUCCGGCCUGCCUACUGUCAUGAAACACUCAGAUGCGACUAUUCCCCUCAGCACGGCGUGAAGAGAGAGGUGACCGAGCGGCUGGUCUGGGUCCUCUUCCGCCACAAGGGUUAG